GGCCUCCUCAUUCAGCGCGCCCGGGGACGGCGGAGUAGGCGAGCGGAGUUUCCGCUCUGUGGACAAAAGAGCACGGUUUCACGCACUGACACACUAACGGAGAGAACAAGAGGCGCGAGUCGAGAUGCCCGUUACGGAGAAGGACCUGGCGGACGACGCGCCGUGGAAGAAAAUCCAGCAGAACACGUUCACGCGCUGGUGCAACGAGCACCUGAAGUGCGUGAACAAGCGCGUGGCGGACCUGCAGCUGGACCUGAGCGACGGGCUGCGGCUCAUCGCGCUGCUCGAGGUGCUCAGCCAGAAGAAGAUGUACCGCAAGUACCACGCGCGGCCCACCUUCCGCCAGAUGAAGCUCGAGAACGUCUCGGUGGCGCUGGAGUUCCUGGACCGCGAGAACAUUCGUCUCGUGUCCAUAGACUCAAAGGCCAUUGUGGAUGGCAACCUGAAGCUGAUCCUGGGCCUCAUCUGGACACUGAUUUUGCAUUACUCCAUCUCCAUGCCUGUGUGGGAGGAUGAAGAUGAUGCAGAUGCCAAGAAACAAACCCCCAAGCAGAGGCUUCUGGGCUGGAUCCAAAACAAAGUGCCUGACCUGCCCAUCACCAAUUUCAGCGAGGACUGGCGUGAUGGCAAGGCCCUGGGUGCCUUGGUGGACAGCUGUGCCCCUGGCCUGUGUCCAGAUUGGGAGACGUGGGACACGGCAAAGCCAGUGGAGAAUGCCAGUGAGGCUAUGCAGCUAGCUGACGACUGGCUGGGAAUUCCACAGGUGAUUGCCCCCGAGGAGAUCAUUGACCCCAGUGUGGAUGAGCAGUCCGUCAUGACGUACCUCUCGCAGUUCCCUAAGGCCAAGCUGAAGCCAGGGGCACCCCUCAAACCUAAGCUGAACCCCAAAAAGGCCAGAGCUUAUGGAGCAGGAAUUGAACCCGUGGGCAACAGAGUGCUGCGGCCAGCUGUGUUCACAGUGGACACAUUUAGUGCCGGCCAGGGCCAGGUGACCGUGUAUGUUGAAGACCCAGAAGGCACCAGGGAGGAGGUGAAACCUGUUCCUAACGAAGGCAAGAAAACCUACAGUGUGACAUAUGUGCCCAAAGUAAUUGGCCCACACAAGGUGACUGUGCUGUUUGCUGGACAGCACAUUCCCAAGAGCCCCUUUGAGGUGAAUGUAGACAAAGCACUUGGAGAUGCCAGCAAGGUGACAGCCAAGGGGCCUGGGCUGGAGCCCUUUGGCAACGUGGCCAACAAGCCCACAUAUUUUGACAUCUACACAGCAGGGGCUGGCGUGGGCGAGGUGACAGCGCUCAUCAGGGACCCCCAGGGCAACAGAAACACAGUUGAGGUGCUCCUGGAGGACAAGGGAGACAGCACAUUUCGCUGCACUUACAAGCCCGUGCAGGCGGGGCCACACUCUGUCGCCAUCACCUUUGGAGGAGUCGCCAUCCCUAAGAGCCCCUUUACAGUGACUGUGGGCCCAGCCUCAAACCCCAAUGCCUGCCGUGCGUUCGGUCGUGGCUUGCAGCCCCGAGGAGUGCGUGUGCGACAGGUGGCUGACUUCAAGGUGGACACCCAUAAUGCCGGCAGCGGAGAUCUGAAGGUCACAGUCAAAGGGCCCAAGGGUCUAGAGGAGCCUGUCAAGCAGAAGGACAGCAUGGACGGCUUGCACGCCUUUGAGUAUUACCCUCUUGCUCCUGGCAAGCAUGUGGUGACCAUCACGUGGGCCGGUCAGCAUAUCCCCAAGAGCCCUUUCGAGGUCCAGGUGGCACCCGAGGCCGGGCCGCAGAAGAUCCGUGCGUGGGGACCGGGCCUGGAGGGGGGCAUCGUGGGCCAAUCGGCUGACUUCGUGGUGGAGUCCGUGGGCCCUGACGUGGGAGUGCUGGGCUUUGCCAUCGAGGGUCCGUCGCAGGCCAAAAUCGAGUGCGAGGACCAGAAUGACGGCUCGUGUGACGUGAAGUACUGGCCCACGGAGCCUGGCGAGUACGCUGUGCACGUCAUGUGUGAUGACGAGGACAUUGAGGACAGCCCCUUUAUGGCAACCGUUGUCCCUGGCAACGAGGCCUGGGCCCCACGCAAGGUGAAGGCUUAUGGGCCGGGCCUUGAGAAGACUGGUUGCAUCAUCAACAAGCCGGCUGAGUUCACCGUGGAUGCGAGGGAUGCUGGGAAAGCUCCUCUCAAGAUCUUUGCUCAGGAUGCUGACGGCAAUGCGGUCGAUGUGAAAGUGAAGAACGGGGGAGAUGGGACAUUUGCCUGCAGCUACACCCCAAAAAGCCCAAUGAAGUACACAGUGGCUGUGGCCUGGGCUGGUGUAGGGGUGGCCAACAGCCCCUUCAGGGUGAAUGUCGGGAAGGGAAGCCACCCCAGUAAGGUGAAGGUGUUCGGCCCUGGGGUCGAAAGGACGGGUCUCAAGGCUGGCGAGCCCACACAUUUCACGGUAGAUUGCACCGACGCCGGUGAAGGGGACGUCAGCGUGGGCAUCAAGUGUGAUGCCAACGUGGUCAGCGACAAAGAGGAGGACAUUGACUUUGAUAUCAUCCCCAAUGCCAACGACACCAUCACAGUCAAGUACACACCACCUGGUGCUGGCCGUUACACCGUCAAAGUGCUGUUUGCCACGCAGGAGGUUCCAGUUAGCCCCUUCUGGGUCAAAGUGGAUCCAUCACAUGAUGCCUCCAAGGUGAAGGUGGAUGGCCCUGGUGUGGCACGCACAGGAGUGGAGAGCGGCAAGCCCACACACUUCACCGUGUUCACCAAGGGUGCCGGAAAGGCCCCCCUGGACGUGCAGUUUGGCAACGCUAUCCAGGGAAGCCUGGUGCGGGACUUCGACAUCAUUGACAACUACAACUACUCACACACCGUCAAAUAUACCCCGGUCCAGCAGGGGGAGAUGGACAUUGCAGUCACUUUCGGGGGUGACCCUAUUCCUAAAAGUCCCUUCAGUGUGAGUGUUGCAGCACCACUGGACCUCAGCAAGGUGCUUGUGGAUGACCUGGAGAGCAGGGUGCAGGUGGGCCAGGAGCAGAAGUUCACUGUAGGCACUCAAGGGGCAGGAGGCCAGGGCAAGCUGGACGUGCAGAUCAACAGCCCCUCCGGCAAGCCAGUGCCCUGCAGCAUGGAGCCGCUGCCCAGGGGGGGUGCCACCACGGUCUGCUACGUCCCCAAGGAGGAGGGCAUCUACAAUGUGGAUGUCGUCUAUGACGGCAGCCCUGUGCCGGGAAGCCCAUUCCCGGUGGAGGCCUUGCUGCCCCCUGACCCCAGCAAGGUGAAGGCCUAUGGCCCGGGGCUGAAAGGGGGCCUAGUGGGAAGCCCGGCAGAGUUCACCAUCGACACGAAGGGAGCUGGCACUGGCGGCCUGGGUCUCACUGUAGAGGGCCCCACGGAGGCCAAAAUUGAGUGCUCGGACAAUGGCGACGGAACCUGCUCUGUGUCCUACCUGCCCACAGAGCCCGGAGAGUACCUGGUUAACAUCCUUUUUGAGGAUGUCCGGAUUCCAGGCUCACCCUUUCACGCCGACAUCCAGAUGCCGUUCGAUCCCUCCAAGGUAGUGGCAUCGGGCCCUGGUCUGCAGCGGGGCAAGGUCGGCGAGCCAGCAAUGGUGAAUGUGGACUGUUCCAAGGCUGGUCCCGGGGCGCUCACUAUGGACGUGAUGUCAGACACGGGUUCUAAGGCCAAAGCUGAUGUGCUGGACAACAAGGAUGGCACCUACGCUGUGAGCUACGUGCCUCUCAGUGCCGGCCUGUACACACUGGCACUCAAGUACGGUGGCAAGACUGUUCCCAACUUCCCCGCAAAGGUGCAGGUGGACCCAGCAGUGGACACGAGCCGGGUGAAAGUCUACGGACCGGGAGUGGAGAGAACUGGUGUGUUCCGGGAAGCGACCACUGCCUUCACAGUGGAUGCCUCUCCUCUGACCAAAGUUGGGGGGGACCACGUCAAAGCGAAGGUUAGGAAUCCGUCAGGGGCCACCACUGAGUGCGCAGUCCUGGACCAGGAAGAUGGCACUUACGCGGUCGAGUACACGCCCUUUGAGAACGGCAUGCAUGCUGUGGAAGUUCUGUAUGACAACACGCCAGUACCUGGGAGCCCCUUCCAGGUGGGUGUGGCCGAGGGCUGUGACCCUACCCGGGUGCGGGCCACAGGUCCGGGGCUCCAGGAGGCCCUAACGGAGAAGCCGAACAACUUCUCAAUCAUCACCAGAGGUGCUGGCAUUGGCGGCUUGGGUAUCACAGUGGAGGGGCCAUCAGAGUCCAAGAUGUCCUGCAAGGACAACAAGGACGGCAGCUGCAGUGUGGAGUACAUGCCUUACGUGCCAGGGCUGUAUGAUGUCAACAUCACAUAUGGAGGAAAGCAUAUCCCCGGGAGCCCCUUCAGGGUACCAGCAAAAGAUCCGGUGGACCCUAGCAAGGUGAAGGUGGCUGGGCCAGGUGUGAGCUCUGGGGUCCGAGCUCAUGUUCCACAGACCUUCACCGUGGACUGCAGCCGAGCUGGCGAGGCGCCACUCUCCGUGGCGGUGAUGGCCCCAAAAGCAGACGAUGUGGACUCCCAGCCAUGGCGCAGCCACCUGAAGGCCUUCACUGACCUGUUUAAGGGCGAUCCCAAGGACUCUGGGACAGGAGUUGUCGAGCCAGUGGAGGUGACUGACAACGGGGACGGGACACACACGGUGGCCUACACGCCCUCACUGGAGGGGCCUUACUCUGUGGUGGUCAAAUAUGCCGAGCAGGAGGUCCCUCACAGUCCUUUCAGGUUCCGGGUUCUGCCCACCCACGAUGCCAGCAAGGUGCGUGCCACAGGGCCUGGCCUCACCACCGGACUGCCCGCCAGCUUCCCGGUGGAGUUCACCAUCGAUGCUACGGACGCCGGAGAGGGACAGCUCUCUGUGCAGAUCACUGACCAGGAUGGCAAGCCAAAGAAAGCCAGUAUCCAUGACAACCAGGACGGCACCUACCGUGUCUCUUACAUUCCAGACAAGGUGGGGCGCUACACUAUCAUCAUCAGAUACGGUGGCGACGAGAUCCCUGCCUCGCCGUACCGCGUCCGAGCCACGGCGACAGGCGAUGCCAGCAAGUGCACUGUCACAGGCACUGGCCUUGGCCCAGUUAUUGGCAUCGGCGAGGAGGUUGGCUUCGUGGUGAACACCAAGGGGGCCGGGAAGGGCAAAGUGUCCUGUGUGGUAGUCACUCCGGACGGCAUGGAGGUGGAAGCGGAAGUCAUCGAGAACGAGGACGGUACCUUCGACAUCUUCUACACGGCCGCCACGCCAGGGACCUAUGUCCUCUAUGUGCGUUUCGGAGGCGAAAAUAUCCCCCGCAGCCCCUUCAGAGUCACGGCAACAGAUGACCCUUCCCUGGUUCCACAGCAGUCCAUCUUGCCCCAGCAGGCAGCCCCCGUGGCCAGCGCCCCUGGCUUCCAGCCCUGGGUGACAGAUGGGUCGUUCCUGCCAGUUGGCAGCAUGAACGGGACCGGCUUCCGGCCGUUUGACAUAGUCAUCCCCUUCGCCUUCAGGAAAGGGGAAAUCACAGGUGAAGUGCACAUGCCAUCCGGAAGGACCGCCCAGCCAGACAUCAUUGACAACAGGGACGGCACGGUGACGGUCAAGUUCGCGCCCACCGAGGCAGGUCUGCACGAGAUGCACAUCAAGUACAACGGCACCCACAUCCCAGAGAGCCCCCUGCAGUUCUACGUGAACAGCGCCAGCAGCCCCAGCGUUACAGCCUAUGGGCCGGGCCUUGUGUACGGCAUUGCUAACAAGACCGCCAGCUUCACCAUCUUCACCGAGGAUGCUGCCGAAGGUGGACUGGACCUGGCCAUCGAAGGCCCUUCCAAGGCAGAGAUCACCUGCACUGACAACAAGGAUGGCACCUGCACGGUCACCUACCUGCCUACGCUACCCGGGCACUAUAACAUCCUGGUGCGCUACAACGACCAGCACAUCACUGGCAGCCCCUUCACCGCCAGGAUCACAGAAGACAACCGGAGGAGGUCUCAGGUGAAGCUGGGCUCAGCAGCGGACUUCUCGCUGGACAUCACUGAGGCUGACCUGAGCCUGCUGACAGCCAGCAUCAAGUCCCCGUCAGGCCGCGAUGAGCCCUGUCUGCUCAAGAGGCAGCCCAACAACCACAUUGGCAUUUCCUUCAUCCCGAGGGAGGUAGGCGAGCACUUGGUGAGCAUCAAGAAGAACGGGCGGCACGUGGCCAACAGCCCGGUGACCAUAAUGGUGGUCCAGUCGGAGAUCGGUGAUGCCAGCAAGGUGAAGGUGUCAGGCCAGGGACUGGUAGAGGGCCGCACCUUCGAUGUGGCAGAUUUUAUUGUGGACACUCGAGAGGCCGGGUACGGGGGCCUUGCCCUGUCCAUUGAGGGACCCAGCAAGGUUGAUAUCCAGACGGAGGAUAUGGAGGAUGGCACUUGCAAGGUGUCCUACUGUCCCACAGAGCCUGGAACCUAUAUAGUCUCCAUAAAGUUUGCGGAGGAACAUGUCCCAGGGAGUCCCUUCACGGUGAAGGUGACUGGAGAGGGACGUGUCCGGGAAAGCAUCAGCCGGCGCCAGAGAGCAGCGUCCGUCGCCACUGUGGGCAGCAUCUGCGACCUCAAUCUCAAGAUCCCAGAGAUCGACAUCCGCGACACGUCCGCUCAGGUCACCAGCCCCUCGGGCACCACGGAGCCAGCGGAGGUCAUCGCUGUGGACACAAACACCUACUGUGUGCGAUUCAUUCCCCGAGAGAUGGGCGUGCACACAGUCAGUGUGAUGUACAGAGGUCACCAUGUACCUGGAAGCCCUUUCCAGUUCACUGUGGGACCCCUGGGGGAGGGUGGUGCCCAAAAGGUGCGAGCUGGAGGCCCCGGGUUGGAAAAAGCCGAAGCUGGGGUUCCAGCGGAGUUCAACAUCUGGACACGGGAAGCUGGUGCGGGAGCCCUGUCCAUUGCUGUGGAAGGACCCAGCCGAGCAGAGAUCGCUUUCGAGGACAGGAAGGAUGGGUCUUGUGGAGUGUCCUAUGUUGCCCAGGAGCCCGGUGACUACGAGGUGUUGGUCAAGUUCAACGACGAGCACAUCCCCAACAGCCCCUUCCUCGUGCCUGUGUGCACCCCUGUGGAUGACGCACGCCGCCUCACUGUUGCCAGCCUUCAGGAGUCGGGUUUGAAGGUUAACCAGCCGGUGUCGUUCGCCGUCCGUCUGAAUGGGGCGCAGGGUCUCAUCACUGCCAGAGUGCACAGCCCUUCUGGAGCACUGGAGGACUGUGUGGUGACAGAGCUGGAACCAGAUAAGUACGCCGUGCGCUUCAUCCCCCGAGAGAACGGUGUUCAUUUCAUUGACGUCAAGUUCAAUGGCAGCCACAUCCCCGGAAGCCCGUUCCAGGUGCGGGUGGGUGAGCCGGGCCAGACGGGCGAUCCAAACCUGGUCACUGCCUACGGCGCAGGCCUAGAGAGAGGCACUACAGGCACCCUCUCGGAGUUCACCAUCAACACCACCAAGGCUGGUGCCGGGACACUGAACCUCACCAUUGAGGGCCCCUCCAAGGUCAAGAUGGAGUGCCAGGAGUGUGCGGAGGGAUACCGAGCCCAGUACACGCCGAUGGCGCCCGGCAACUACCUGAUCAGCAUAAAAUACGGCGGUCCCAACCACAUCCCUGGCAGCCCUUUCAAGGCCAAAGUCACAGGCUCUCGGCUGGUGAAUGUGACCAACGCCAGUGAGAUGUCCAGCCUGACCAUGGAGCCACUGAGCAAGUCAGCCAUGCCCAGUGCUUACGGUGCCCCGCCACAGUUCCCCUCAGACGCCAGCAAGGUGCUGAGCAAGGGCCCGGGACUCAGCAAGGCCUUCGUGGGCCAGAAGAGCAGCUUCUCUGUGGACUGCAGCCGAGCCGGCAGGAACAUGCUCCUGGUGGGCGUGCAUGGCCCCAGCACCCCGUGCGAGGAGGUUUCCGUGAAGCAUGUGGGCAACCGUCAGUACAACGUCACCUACGUGGUCAAGGAACGUGGCAGCUACAUCCUGGCCGUCAAGUGGGGCGAGGAUCACAUCCCAGGCUCGCCAUUCCACGUCACCGUGCCUUAGAGCGUAGGCCCCGACUCCUGGGUCCUCACCAGCACCUCGAUGUCAUGAAGGCCCACAUUUUCUACAGAUUUGCGCUCAGUGCUCAUACUGGCAUGUAAAUUGAUUUAUUGACAUUGGAUUGAGGAAAGAUGUGCAAAAAUCACUCCCCUUUUGGGCCUUUAUUUUACACUCUUGCCUGGUGUGUAAGGUGGCCUUUUAGUGUAAAUUAACUUCUGACAACACUAAUAGUAACUUUAGUGGAAAUACCAAGUUGUGGGAAAGUACAUAUUACUACUGAUGUUUCGAGGUCCAAACUAUCCCAUCAUGCUCUCUCCUCAGAACCCGUGUUGAAAAUGACUGUGGUCCCGAAGCUCUGGCUUCGACUUCUACUUGCUGCGUGGCUCGUGUUUGCAUGUUGGUGUCACAUGGUCGUGUCAAACACUGGUGCCCAGUUUUGAGGGAGAGCAAGAGGGAAAUCUGCCUUUGUGUGUGAGUGAGUGAAAAAGAGGUGUUUUUGUGACCUCUCCUGUCAUCUUUACGGUUGGUGUUACAUGUCAGGAAGCAGUGUGUCCUGUGCGAGUGAAGUUUUGAGAAAAAGAUGCGUGUCCUGCCAAUAAUGUGUAAUUGUUGGGGUUGUUGGCCAGUAGGGGGUGGAAGUGUUGCCUUCUCAGUAAAAUCAGUGUCUCACACACUGCUUUAUAUCUCCUCCCCCCCCUUAAGUAAUAUUUGCCCUUCAGCCCAUGAUGACAAAUAACAUGAUUUGGUGUCGGGAUGUUGUGGAUUUUCCUUCAAUGUCACUGAAAAUGUAAAUGGGAUGUUUUGAUUUGCUACAGGUUCAGUCCAAGCAUUUUAGCAGUAGAUGAGCUGUAUGAGAAAGAAGAUCCAUGGAAUCUGGGUUUGGGGAACCUGCUCUCAAUCAUGGUAGCACUUUAGCCAGCAAUAGCUUUUUGAUUAAUUCUGGUUAUAGUGAUGUCUUUGGUAAUGAAAUUUUGAUGUAUAACUGAGUGUAGAGGGUGGGAUCUUUUCUACAUUUAAAAUGGAAAUGGCAAAGGCCUUAUUUUCACUCAUAAGCCUUGUGUGCCUUAUUGUGACAUGUUGGCCUGGAGCUUGUGUACAUUUUGGGAAAACUGGAGCAAUAAACUGGAAUAAAGGUGACAAAGUGUACUGUUGUGGGACUUUUAUGGCAGUGAUCUGUCUCCACACACGGGGGCCUAAAACCAGUCAUGCCGGAGCACCAAGGUAAUCCUGGGGCC